GAGAUUGAGAAGAAAUGACCAAAAGGAAAUUUACAUGUCAGAAGAAUAAUCACAUGGAAAUUAUCAUUGACUCUCGAGCUCUGCAAAAGGUGCACAAGAAGAUAUAAAUCGCCAAAAGUGGUCGAACUAAACCAAUGACUUGCUCCCACGAGCUUUCUCCGCCCGCGACCCCAAACAUAAUGAGCUAAUCCACCUCCGACACCUCCCACCGAGCAUUGCAUUCAACGAGCAAUCUCGUUGCGCCCUUCAUAUCCGUGAUUGAACAUCGCACCUGCGAGUCUACAUUGCCGGCCUCGAUUUCGCUGUAGGCACCGUGCGCGAGGAACGCUCCCGGUAGACUUACCCCGGCAUCCCGAACAUGUCUCCCUGAUUUGUGCGGAUCUUACCAACGAACCCGGUGACCCCCGCUUGAUAAGAGACAGAAUGAUGAACGGCCGUGAUCGUCCCCGUCCGCCAGCGACGAAUGAUGCGCGACGCGGAGCAGAUCCUCGCAAUGGCUCCGGCUCCGGUUCCGGGGAUGGAUCCAUGUCCAGAGCCGAGAAGUUCGAGGACGAGAAGAAGCGCAUCAUUCAAAGUUGCUACUCCAAGAAGGAUAAUGAUGGAACUUUGAUUGAAUCUUAUAUUACGCACGUCCGCAUCACGGAAGAUGCCGCGCACCCCUCGACCCCUGCCCCACCGGACUCAGCUCCGGCGAACAAGAAACCUCGCGUUAUUAUAGUGUCCGUCCGACGGUCGGGCCGUGUUAGAAUGCACAAAGCCCGUGAGAAUAAUGACGGCACCUUCUCCAUUGGAAAGACGUGGAUGCUGGACGAUCUUACGGGGAUUCAGUCGUACAGCGCUUUUGUGCCAAAGUCGCCAGUCGAACAACAACACAAGGAAUGGGCAGGAAGUGUUGGAUUCAUUAUUAGCGUGGGAAAACCAUAUUACUGGCAUGCCAGAAGUUCCAAGGAAAAGGAAUUCUUCAUUGGCAGUUUGGUGAAGAUUUACAAAAAAUAUACUGGGGGCAAAGUACCGAACCUCAUUGGGUUUGACGAGAGAGAAAGGCAACUGCUUGUAGGCAGUACGAGCCCCUCAUCAUCUUCAGGCCCAGCUCCACCAGGCUCGCGGGGUAAUCCUAAAUCGUCGACAGACAUUCCCACGCAACCUCAGCAUCAACCCCCGCCGCAGGCAUCAAUUGGCCGCGACCCUAGUCGCGAUGGAGCUCGUGAGGUUCGCCGAAGGCCCUCCGAGGACCCUGUUCUGCGGUCUCAAAAGAGCCGUGAGCAGAUGAGCCGUCCUUCUACUGCUUCAAAGCCGGCACCAUCACCUUUCGGCCCGCCUCAAAACCUACCACCUCUCGUGCCACCCCCGCGCGCAGAACCGAAAAGAGAGCUACCAACAACAUUCUUGCAUACCGGCGAUGAGCCUAACCAGGGCCGGGCACAAGACGAACCCCGUCCUCCAUCCUCUCGGGAGGGCCGCGCAGCAAUUCCACCAUCACUUCUUGCGGCUCGAGCACCCGAACCAAGACCCUUGGAACCCAAGCGCAGUACAGAUGCUCUGCGCCCCACGACACCUGGGUCAUUUACCAGUGAAACGCGUGGCAUCAGUGCAAGCCCUGGAAGCGGCAUUGGUCAGAAGUCUCCGUAUCGUGAUGCUCCCGAGAAACCGUCUGCAGUGGCUCAAGAGCCUGCACCAGAAGCAAUCACUGCCCCCACAGUCGCUCCAGAGAUACCUAAGCCUGCACCUCCACCCGAAAUAGAAUCUCCAACUCCAACGCCGAUUUCAGAGCCUGAAGUCGUAGCAUCCACAGCAGCGGCCGAAGAAACAUCGGAACCCUCAGCCGCGGAAGCCGGAGUUUCCAAAGAUGCGACUCCUACUACUACUCCCACGCAGGCAGCUGAUGAAGAUAACGAGGCACAUCGCCCAGGACUAGGCCCAAUGAUCAAGAAAAAAUCCACAAAGGAUAUUGCAAGUGCUUUCCGCAAGGCUGCUACUACAUAUGGUGCCUUCAAACCACGUCCUGGCGGAGCUGGCGAGCGUCUCCUCGCAGCAGCAAAGAAGCAACAGGCCGAGGCUAUGGGCCCCGAUGGUAUCACUGGAGUUGUGCCUGCCCCGUCUAGAUCUGUCAAUGAUCUCCCGAAGACUUCCGUAGACGAUACUGCAGAACGAGAGACAUCGGUAGCAUCACCGGCAUCUGCGCCCCCCGCAACCACCAAUUCACAGCCCGUGACACCUACUGUUGAAGUUACGCAACAUCCAGUCGAUGAUUCUUUGCUUCCUUCAGAACCUGUACCCGGAGCAGCCGAAGCAAAGGAUUCCCUGUCAGAACUCACAAAAGUGGAAAGCCAUACCAGAAGUCCAUCCCCGAGCGCCCAAAGUCGUCGCCGGAAACGUCGUGAAGAUCAUACCAUCAAAUACUGCCAGUCUCUUGGGAUUGACCCCAGUGUCCUGGAUGGACGGGGUAUUGACUUUGAUGAUAUUUUGACUGAGUUGGGAUGGAAUGGGCGACUGGGCGACGAGCAAAAGAUCGAAGAUUUGGAAGCAGACGUCCGUCGGGAGAUUGGCCGCGUUGAAGCAACCAGCUGGCUGGGUAACCUUGAACAGCAAGAAGGCAAGGUGGAACAACUGGCUGUCCUGAUCGACAAAACCAUUGAAGAGUGCGAGGAGCUAGAUGGCUUGCUCACGCUGUACUCGCAUGAGUUGAACACUCUACAUGAGGACGUUGCGUAUAUUGAAGCUCAAUCUCAAGGUUUACAGGUGCAGACUGCCAACCAAAAGCUUCUUCAGAACGAGUUGCAAACUCUCCUCAAAACUCUCUCGAUUUCUCCGUCCGAUAUUCGUCCCCUCAGAGAGGCCUCUUUGACUAAUCCUGAUGGGUUAAAGGAGGCCGAGACUGCGCUCUCGACACUAUAUAAGGCGAUGCUGAUGAUUGAUGCUGAUAUUGGGCAAAACAAAAAGAGACAGGCACACGCCAGCGUGGGCGUUUAUGCAAAUACCGAGAUUGGUCAAAUGCGUGCCAUCAAGGAGAGAAAGGGCGAGUAUCGCCAAGCCGCUUUGACAUUCCUUCAGCGUCUGAAACCAUUCAUGACCGUUGCCUUGAAGACUGCGGAACAGAAACGGGCGGAUACCGUUGUUGGCUCACCUCGAGACCCCCUGAAGCUGGAUGGCUCUGCAAGACAGAAAUUCCGCGAAGAAGUAUGGAGAUACAACCCCUUGAUGCUCUUCGCGAAGGAAGUCAGUACGUCAGAAUGGCAUGACCUAGUUCAGCUGUACGAGCAACAAUCCAAGCCGUCUUAUCAGAACGACUUCCGCGACAACACGCUGGCGUGGAAAAAGGCAGCUCGUAAGCCUACUGGAGAGGAGCAGGAACUCCUUUUUACCCACCAAGAGAAGGAGAAGGAGGGUGAGGGCAUCACGAUGGCCGCUCGUAAGCUGACCGUUCGUCGCGGCAAGACCAUCCGAGCUGCAACUGGUCUGCGCUUGGCUUCGAGCGAAAAGAAACCCACCAGCAAGGUGGAGCCGUGCGAGGCAUUCGCCUCCAGUCUACGGGAAACAUUGCAUAUGAUUACGGAUGAGCAGAAUUUCGUCGUUCAAUUCUUCCACCUCGACUCUCUUGCUACUGCCGACUUCUCGGACCUGGUGGCUGCUGCUAGCCCAGAGGAUCGCCAAUGCCCCGACUUCACCGUUAAACAUUCCCCCGAUCCCGACCGUCAGACGGCGAAGCGUGUCGAGCAGAUCAUGGAUGAGAUUUAUUCUUUCUGGCCUAAUGACCUGCAGAGCAUGGUGGAUUGGGCAGUUCAAGCUGAUCCAAUGCAAGGAAUUGGCAUCCUGUUUGCUCUCGAGUCAGCUAUGACUGAACUAGACGACACUAAUCAAGAAUUCAUCACUCACUCUCUCCAGAAGGUCCACGCGCGAUUGAUGGGCUUGUUCAAUCGUUUCGUGGAUGAGCAGAUCCGCGGUAUCGAAGACACCAAGGUCAAGGUCAACAAGCGAAAGGGGGUCAUUUCCUUCAUGCGGGUCUUCCCCAACUUCUCCACGGCCGUCGAAAAUAUGCUGGCCAACUCGGUUGCCGAGACUUGUGAGAUCCGUGUCAGUGUGAAUGAUGCGUACGACCGCAUCAACCGGGCCAUGUGGGAGUCACUGAAGUUCAUCGCCAAGGAAGCACCCGGCCAGCUGCCCGGAGUGGCUGCCAGCGCUGGAGACCCCGAGGAUAAGGAGGUCCUCAACUACCACAUCUUGCUGAUUGAGAAUAUGAACCACUACGUCGAAGAAGUUGAUGUACACAGUCUGCCCGUACUCGAACGCUGGGCAGACCGAGCACGCCAAGACUUUGACGAGCACAUGAAACUGUAUCUUGACGCCGUCAUCUAUCGUCCCCUGGGCAAGUUGCUUGACUUUAUCCAGUCCAUCGAGACCCUGCAGGCCAAUGGCAGUCCGGGUGAGAUUGCGACGCGUGCUAGCCACUCCCGCAUAGUGGCCAAGAAGGUGCUCUCCUCGUAUGACGCCAAGGAAAUCAAGCGUGGCGUGGAGAUGCUCAAGAAGCGCGUUGAGAAGCACUUUGGCGAUGCCGACGACCCUGGUCUCAGCCGCAGCCUGGUGCUCAAGGUGCUCCGUGAAUGCGAGCUUCGAUAUGAGAAUGUAUGGGACCGUACUCGGCACAUCAUCGACAUGGUAUACGAGGGACAGCUGGAGAUGGAUUGGCGCAAGGAGGAUGCCGUGACCAUGUUCCGGAAAUGAGGUCCCUGUUUGAUUCAUCUUCCUCUUCCCUCUAGAACCUUUGAUUUUUUGCCCUCUUUGAUUGGGACGUUAAUUGGCGUGUGUGGGAUUUGCAGCGGACAUUUGGGUCACAUCAGCUGGGCGUAUGGGUUUCGUAGUCCUAUGUGUUUUAAUCUAUAGCCCGACCAUGAUAUACCGUUCUGGAAGAAUUCUUCACGAAAGUUGGUGAACGUCGUCAUCUGUGAUUCUAUACUGUAAUACUGUCCAUUGAUCAGCGGCCGUUCUCCGAACAUGGUCAAUAGUCAUU